AUGCCAGUCAAGAUUUUCCUUUGGCUCCUUUCAUUCAUUUUGCUGCUCUGCAACGUUCCUCCAGGUUACAGCCAGGUUCAGAAAGCACCUCGGAGAAGGGGGACUACAGGAGGAGUGAACAUUCAGAAGCUCAUUACUUGCUGUGAUGAUCUGAAAGAGCUGAAGAUCCAGGUGGCCAACCUGACUAGCAUUCUUACUGAGCUCAGUAGGAAACAGGAGACUGACUGGAUAAAUGUUGUCAUGCAGAUGAUGGAAGUGGAAAACGGCUAUCGGCAAAUUGAAUCUCGCAUUACAGAAGCUGAAGGAAAAUACUCUGAAGUGAAUAAUCGGAUAGAUAUUAUUCAGCUUCAGGCAGCCCAAACAGUUACUCAGACGUCAACAGAUGCCACGUACGACUGCACAUCGUUGUACCAGAAGAAUUAUCGAAUAUCUGGUGUAUACAAGCUACCUGCAGAUGAGUUCCUGGGAACUCCAGAACUAGAGGUGUACUGUGACAUGGAAACUGGACAUGGUGGCUGGACUGUUAUACAACGUCGCAAAGCUGGCCUAAGCUCUUUCAAUCGUGAUUGGAAACAGUACAAGCGAGGGUUUGGCAACAUCCGUGGGGACUUCUGGUUGGGAAAUGAACACAUUUUUCGAUUAACUAGGCAGCCAAGUACGCUCAGGAUAGACAUGGAGGACUGGGAAGGACAUACUUGUUAUGCAGAAUAUGACUACUUUUCGAUAAGCAAUGAAUUAAAUAGCUACAGAUUAAUCAUUGGAAACUACAAUGGGACAGCUGGACGGGACUCACUCAGAUACCACAACAACACUGCCUUCAGCACAAAGGACAAAGACAAUGACAAGUGCGUGGACAACUGUGUACAUUUCCGCAAAGGUGGCUACUGGUACAACUGCUGCACAGAUUCCAAUCUGAAUGGAGUUUACUAUCGUCAAGGGCAGCACACCCAAAAUUCUGAUGGCAUCACAUGGUAUGGCUGGCAUGGUUCAAGUUACUCACUGAAGCAAGUUGAAAUGAAGAUUCGUCCACAAAGCUUCAAGCCUUGA